CCGCCAGCCCUUUGAAAUCUGCCUCUCCUCUCCACUUCCUCCUCUCAUCCUACCUACCGAACCCUUCUCCUCUCUGUAUUUCCCUUUAUAAACACAUUUUCCACAUUCGCUACCCAUCUCAGAGUCCCCCACCUCUUUGAUCUCUCUUAUUAACAACACCCUUGUUUCAGAGUGCUCAAUCGAUUCCAAAAGAGAUCUAAGAACCCUAAUUUGAGCAUUUGCCAUGGCUCUUUCCAACUCCGCCGCUCUCUCUUCCUCCAAAUUGAUCUUCAAUCCCCUUGUUGAGCCUAAAUCUCACCAACCCAUUUCGUUUUUUGCUCCAUCCAAGACCCAUUUCAGGCUUCGCCAACGAAUCUCCGCCGUUCAUUCUACAGAGCCGGCUAAUGACAAGGUUGUCGCCGAAGCCUCCAGUAAGAAAUUGGUGGCGGCGCCGUCUAGGACCGAGAAAUGGGGUUUGGAGAGCUGGAAAUCGAAGAAGGCUUUGCAGCUUCCUGAGUACCCAGAUCAGGCGGCUCUCGAAUCUGUUCUUAAAACCAUUGAAUCGUUUCCUCCCAUCGUGUUCGCUGGUGAGGCUAGGAGCUUGGAGGAGAGGCUCGCUGAAGCUGCCAUGGGUAAUGCUUUCCUCUUGCAAGGUGGGGAUUGCGCUGAGAGCUUCAAGGAGUUCAGUGCUAAUAAUAUUAGGGAUACAUUCAGGAUUCUUCUCCAGAUGGGUGUUGUUCUUAUGUUUGGUGGGCAAAUGCCUGUCAUUAAGGUGGGAAGAAUGGCUGGUCAAUUUGCAAAGCCUAGAUCAGACCCUCUUGAGGUAAAAGAUGGAGUAAGUCUUCCAAGCUACAAGGGAGACAAUAUCAAUGGCGAUGAUUUUACUGAGAAGUCAAGAAUUCCAGACCCAGAAAGGAUGAUUAGAGCUUACACACAAUCUGCUGCAACUCUCAACCUUCUCAGAUCCUUCGCCACUGGAGGAUAUGCUGCAAUGCAGAGGGUCACUCAAUGGAAUCUGGAUUUUGCUGAAAACAGUGAGCAGGCAGACAGGUAUCACGAACUCGCUCGUCGUGUCGACGAUACCCUUGGAUUCAUGGCUGCUGCCGGGCUUACAGUCGACCAUCCUAUCAUGACAACAACUGAGUUCUGGACUUCUCACGAGUGUUUGCUCUUGCCUUAUGAGCAAUCACUUACCAGGCUGGACUCAACAUCUGGCCUUUACUAUGACUGCUCAGCUCACAUGCUUUGGGUCGGGGAACGUACCCGACAACUCGAUGGUGCCCACGUUGAGUUCCUUAGAGGGGUUGCUAACCCUCUUGGAAUUAAGGUUAGCAACAAAAUGGAUCCAAAUGAGCUGGUUAAACUCAUUGAAAUCCUCAAUCCUGAUAACAAACCAGGAAGGAUAACUGUGAUUGUAAGAAUGGGCGCUGAGAACCAGAGAGUGAAGCUUCCCCAUUUGAUUAGAGCUGUACGAAGGGCAGGGCAAGUUGUGACAUGGGUCUGUGAUCCAAUGCAUGGAAACACCAUUAAGGCACCCUGUGGCCUCAAAACUCGUCCGUUUGAUGCCAUUCUGGCCGAGGUCCGAGCUUUCUUUGACGUGCACGAGCAAGAAGGGAGCCAUGCGGGAGGGAUUCAUUUGGAAAUGACUGGACAGAAUGUGACAGAAUGCAUUGGAGGAUCCCGAACUGUAACCUUUGAUGACUUAUCGUCAAGAUACCACACGCACUGCGACCCGAGGCUGAAUGCUUCUCAGUCUCUUGAGCUUGCUUUCAUCAUAGCAGAGAGGCUUAGGAAGAAGAGGAUUGGAAAGCAGAGCCCUCUUUCCCCAAGCUUCAUUUAAACACCAAUCAUGUUUGACUGUGAAUAAGCCUAGAGUUGGUAUUCGCCAGAGAUUCAAAUUCAGUCUAUCAAUAUAUGAACGCCAGGAGGUAAUUGGAGUAUUUUGCUGUGGAGAGUUAAUAAGUGAACUCUAACCAAAGAGUUGGAGGAUCACAAGUUUAGGACUAGUCGAUUUAGAUUUCCAAGUGUUUCAAUGUAAACAUUACCUAAUUAACAUUUAAGCAUUGAGAUGAAACUUGAAUAUUUCUUGGUUAUCAAAUUGACUAUAUUCCAUCAAA